GGGACACACCUUGGUCAUUCCUGGACUCUUCCUAGAACUGAAUCAUCAAGCAAUCAAUCAUGAGAGUCUUUGAUUUGUCGGUGAAACCUGGUGACUGCAUCAAACUGAAGGGGAAAAUCCAUCAAGGGGCCAAAAGUUUUGCCAUCAACUUAGGUCGUGAUGAUUCAAAUCUGGCCAUUCACUUGAGCAUUCGCUUUCAAGCCCAUGGAGACGUCAAGAAGGUGGUGUGUAAUUCCAAAUCGAAUGGCCAGUGGGGUGCGGAGGUACGGCCAUCGAUUUUCCCGUUCCAGGAAGGAGCUGAAAUCAAGAUGUGCCUCUGCUACCAAUCUGGGGAGAUAAAGGUGAAGAUCGAUGGACAGGAAAUCAGCUUCCCCAAUCGUCUUGGCCUGAAUUCUGCCCAAUUCUUCUCUGUUGAUGGAGACAUGACCCUUCUGUCUUUCAAGUGUACCAAGUGUUGAUGAAACAUAGUCAUAACUUCCACCCUGUAGAUUUCCUGAAUAAGAUACAGAAAGGGCGAAUAAAUAAGUCAUCUGA